AUGGGAUCGUUCGCUUUUGCGUUUGAUACGGGUGUUAUCAGCGGUGUUCUGACUCUGGAAUCAUUCCAGAAUGAUUUCGGAUACGGCUCCAAGCAGCAGACCUCGGUCAAUUCCAACGCCGUGUCGAUCCUGCAGGCGGGCGCAUUUUUCGGCUGCUUCUUCACGAUGCCCAUCGCAUCGAGACUGGGUCGUCGGUCGGGUCUCAUUCUCAGCUCCAUGAUUUUCAGCGUCGGGACCAUCUUGCAAGUCAUCAAUGCGCAUACCCUGGGCACCUUCUACGCGGGACGGGUCAUCGCUGGCGUGGGGAUCGGGGCGGCGACCGUGCUGAUCCCCAUGUUCGCGGCGGAGAUGUCUCCGAAGGAAAUCCGUGGCCGAUUAGGCGCUUGCUUUCAGCUGUUCUUUGCGCUGGGCGUCAUGAUAGCUUAUUGGGUUACGUUUGCCGUGUCGAAGAAUCAGCCGUCGGCGACGAAGCAGUGGCAGAUUGCGUUGGGGCUGCAGCUGUUGCCCUCGACUCUGCUGCUGGCAGGGAUGUGCACGGUCAAAGAAAGUGCCCGAUGGCUGGCAGCCAAAGGGAAAACCAACAAGGCGUGGGAGUCGUUGAAAUGGGUCCGAGGUGGCGAGGAAACGGAGGAGCUACGACAGGAAUUUGACGAGAUUCUCGCCGGCAUCGAGGAAGAAGCGCGCGUACGAGAGAAUCUGACCCUCCGCGAGCUCUUCCUCCCGGUGAACCGGUACCGAUUGUUCAUCGCCGUCACCAUUCAGCUCUGCGCGCAGCUGACCGGCAAUACCUCGCUGGCCUACUACGCCAACCAGAUCUUCUCGGCCGUCGGCGCCGGCAGCUCCGCCAAGCUGGUGACGGGGUUCUUUGGGGUGGUGAAAGUAUUCGGAGUCAGCAUCUUCCAGCUCUUUGUGAUGGAUCGCAUCGGCCGACGUGUGCCGUUCAUGGCAGGCGCCUUCGCCAUGGGGUCGUUCAUGCUCAUCAUCGCCUGCGUUCUGGCCACGCAUCCGACCAGCGCUAGCGGCGAGCAGUCCGGGGCCACCAAGGCGGGCAUUGCCAUGAUCAUCAUGACCUACGCGGAGGCGUUCAGUUUUAACAUGUCCUGGGGGCCGCUGCCCUGGCUGUACGUAGGCGAGAUCUUCUCGAGUCGCACGCGAGAAAUCGGCGUGGCGGUGGGAGCGGCCUCCCAGUGGCUGUUCAAUUUUAUGAUGUCUCAGGUGACGCCUCAUGCUAUUGACAAUAUAGGGUGGCGGAUGUUUUUGAUGUUUGCCAUCUUCAACUAUGCGGUGAUCGUGUAUUCGUGGUUCUUUUUGAAGGAGACCUCGCAACAUUCUCUCGAGGAGAUGCAGGAAGUCUUCGGCGGCGAGCCGCAACCCGACAAGCUCCAGGUCCAGGAAGAGCAAGGCGCGAAGUAG